ACUGCUUUAGACAAUUAUCAUGCAUUGCUUCAUUUCUUGAAAAAAUUCCCUGAAUAUGAAGGACGUCGUCUAUUUAUUGCUGGUGAAAGUUAUGGUGGUGUUUAUGUGCCAACGUUGAGUUUACUUCUUUUGAAUUCAUCUAAAUUCGACUUUAAG